UUUGCCUCUUCAAAUCUAAUACUCCACCGGUCCCAAAGAUGAAUGUGGAAAAGCGAAUGAAGAUGGCUGGUUCAGUCCGAACUGGUGGGAAAGGUACCUUGAGAAGAAAGAAGAAAUCUGUUCACAAGACUACCACCACAGAUGAAAAAAGAAUGCAAAGCACCCUGAAGAGAAUUGGGGCGAAUACUAUUCCUGCAAUUGAAGAGGUGAAUAUUUUCAAGGAGGAUGUAGUCAUCCAGUUCACUAAUCCUAAAGUUCAAGCAUCUAUUGCUGCCAACACUUGGGUUGUUAGUGGCACUCCUCAGAACAAGAAAUUGCAAGAUAUUCUCCCUCAAAUCAUUCAUCAGUUGGGUCCUGAUAACUUGGAGAAUUUGAAGAAAUUGGCAGAGCAGAUCCAAAAGGAGGCAUGUAAUGCAGAUUUUCUUCUGGCAUGA